UCGACGUCGUAGGCGGCAGCGGCAGCAGCAGCAGCUUUAGCUCGCACCAUUGCAUCGCGGCGGCAUGUCAUCGUCAUCGCCGGAGAUGGAGGGGAGCAGCAAGAAGUUCAAGGGAGUGCGGAAGCGCAAGUGGGGCAAGUGGGUGUCGGAGAUCCGGCUGCCCAACAGCCGCGAGCGCAUCUGGCUGGGCUCCUACGACGCCCCCGAGAAGGCCGCGCGCGCCUUCGACGCCGCUUUCGUCUGCCUCCGCGGCCCCGGGGCCGCCGGCGCGGACCUCAACUUCCCGGACACGCCGCCGCCCUGCCGCGCCGGCGGAUGCAGUAGCGACUCGCAGGAGGUGCAGGCGGCCGCGCUCUCCCACGCCAACCGCGCCGCCGUCACGGCCCAGCAGGCGGCCGCGGCGCUCAUGGACGUCGACGACGGCUCGAUGCUGCCGUGGGGCUCCGUGGCGCACGACAUGGCGGGUGCUCUUGGCACUGGCAGCGCUGAUGAGGUGGUGGCGCCCGUGCACGCCGACGGGAGCAUCGACUGGCGGCCCGUCAUGGCGCACCUGCCGCCGCUCUUCUCCCCUACCGGGUGGGGCAGCAAUGCAUACGACUUCCUGCAGGUGCUGCCGCCGCCGGGUGCGGCGGACGAGGACAUGGAAGACAGUAUCCAUGGCGCAACCGCUUCUCUCUGGAGCUUCGACUUGAGAGACUCCUACUUCAGAUACUAGCAAGCUAGCUACAUUUCUAUAUGUUAUUUGUGCACCGCUCGGAGGCCAGUUAGGCUAUCCACGAUAGCAAAAAAAAAUUACAGCGUCCGAUAGUGAAUCUGCGGCUGACAUUCACCCCACCCGCACAGUACUAUAGCGGUAAAAAUCUUCACAUCUGGAUUCUUCUUCCCA